AUGCGGAUGCCAGUAUGCGGAUUCUGCACUGGGGCACACAGUCUGCCUCAAUGCACCAAUUUUCAAGUGCUGACGCCAAAAAUGCGUCACCACUACGUGCAGAACCGCAUGGCCUGUGCGCUAUGCCUCGCAUUUUCUCAUACGGCAUCACAAUGUCAGAGACCCCAGGUAUGCCAUCGGUGUAGGGGGAAGCAUCAUACCCUCCUGCACUAUGAUGGACUGCGGGAACAAAAUAAUCCGAGGCCGCAGGCGCAAAGUGCAUACGGCCAACGUGACGAGAGCGAUUACAACGCUCAUCCACGAAGUACGGCCGUAUCGAAGCCGAAAGGAAAACCUUCGACUUCGAAGGCCUACAAGAAAUCGGCCUCGACAUCACACUGUACCGCGCUCGGUACAGGCGCACCGAGGACCGUGCUGCUAGCCACGGCACGAGUACGCGUGUUCGGAGAGAACGGUGCAUCGCGAAUCGCGCGAGCACUGUUAGACCAAGGAUCGGAGACGUCAUUCGUCUCCGCAGGUCUGGCAAACGACCUCCGAUUGAAACGCGUGCGUACCCCAGCCACGGUAUCGGGCUUGGGGGGCGGCCAGACGCAGCAAAUAAAAUAUAGCGUCGGUUUAAACCUCGGCUCGAUAAACGAGUCGAAACCGAUAUGUGUCGCUCAAGCGUACGUCGUGCCGAAAAUCACGACCUACCGCAACACGUCGGCGAACGCGCGUGUUUACAGUGCGUUCCGAGGUUUACCGUUAGCCGAUCCAGAAGCCAGGGCCGAUCCUACGAUCGAAAUUCUGAUCGGAGCGGAUUUAUAUGCUCAGGUGAUUCGUUCGGGCUUCCGACGAGGGGCGAAUGAAGGUCCGAUCGCCCAAGAAACGGCGUUUGGCUGGGUUAUAUCCGGCCCUAUACACGCUGAAGGCGACGGCCGGAAUACGGUAAGAACGCUGCAUUGCACCGUUCUCGAAUCGCUGGAUUACGCAAUUCGACGAUUCUGGGAAACCGAAGAAAUCCCCACGACCUCGGUGCGGUCCAAGGCGGAAGAAGAGUGCGAAGCACUCUUCCGAAGAACCGUCGAACGGGACAAAACCGGACGGUUUAUAGUCCGAUUGCCCUUGAAUCACCCGAGACCGGACGAAGCGUUAGGAUACUCGUUCCACAUAGCGCUGUCCGCUCUCGCGAGGAUGAGGCGUAAACUGGAGGCGGAUACGACCCUCGACAGAGAAUACUCUGAGUUCCUCGCGGAGUACGAGUCCUUAGGUCACAUGACUCGGCUUGAGCCGAUUGACCAGAAUCGACUGUACAUUCCGCAUCGAGCGGUCGUACGCACGGAAAUUGCAACGACCAAACUGCGAGUUGUGUUCAAUGCAACCAGCAGAACGGUCGGAGGGCGAUCCCUAAACGACGUCCUGCAUGUCGGACCAAAAUUACAGAACGAUAUCACCUCGGUUUUAACGAGGUGGCGUCUGUAUGAGUACGUUCUGGUGGCAGAUAUCGAGAAGAUGUUUCGGCAAAUCCUCGUCGCCCCACAGGACCGUCGUUUCCAAUGCAUCGUAUGGCGCGCGUCAAACGACGAAAAGCUCAAAGCUUUCGAAUUGAAUACCGUAACAUACGGUACGGCGUGCGCCCCAUAUUUAGCGAUGCGUACCCUCCUCGAAUUAAAGGAGCAGGAUGGAGAGAGGUACCCUCUCGCCGCUCCGAUCCUCGAGAGGGACAUAUACGUCGACGACGUAUUUAUGGGAGCGUCCAACAAAACCCUGCUGGAGAAAAUUCGCAAGCAAGUCUGCGAUCUCCUGCAGGGCGGUGGGUUCAAGUUGAGGAAAUGGGCUGGAAACUCCGCGAAAUUAUUGCGGAACAUCCCCCAAGGUGCUCACUCCCACGCCGUAGACCUCACUCUGUUCGACGAUUCCGAACUGAAAGUGCUUGGUCUACGAUGGAUCCCAUCCGGAGACUACUUCCAUUUCGAUCUGCAACGGUUUCAACCGUCUGCGUUACCGAUGACAAAAAGAAAUUUGUUCUCGGAGAUCGCGAAGCUCUUCGAUCCCCUCGGCUGGUUAUCACCAGUCGUAAUCCGUGCAAAAAUUCUGAUGCAGUCCCAAUGGCUGGAGAAAAUCCAGUGGGACGACCAAAUUUCCACGGACACGCAAAAAACGUGGAACACGUUUUGCAGGGAUUGGAGCAGUCUCAAAGAACUAAAAUUCCCGAGAUGGAUCCAAUACGGAGCCGACGCAGUUACUGUGGAACUACACGGAUUCUGCGAUGCAUCACUCGCUGCCUAUUCGGCCGUCACUUACUUACGUGUGACGACGAAAAAUAAUGACGUGUUUACGACAUUAAUCAUGGCAAAGACACGAGUGGCUCCGAUAAAAACACAGUCUAUCCCCGUCCUGGAAUUGAAUGGGGCUGUGUUACUUUCCGAGCUCAUAGUGCACGUGAAACGGUCAUUCCCCAUAGAAAUGAGCCGCAUAAUCUGCUGGACAGAUUCCACGAUUGCACUCGCUUGGUUGAAAAAGCAUGCGUCGACAUGGAAGGUUGUGAUAGCCAACCGUGUGUCAAAAAUUCAGACCAUGCUCCCAAAAGCUGAAUGGCGGCACGUUCCCACGCGCUUCAACCCAGCGGAUCUGAAUUCGCGAGGUGUAGACGCCGCAGAACUCAUUCAGUCCGAAUUAUGGAUUUCCGGGCCGAAAUGGCUUCGACAAUCAGAGGAAAAUUGGCCGAAAUCGCCAGCCUCGCUCGAGACCGAGGAGGGUAAACGCGUAUCGCAUACCCUCGUGGCCACUCCGGAAAAGGAAUGGAACUUAGUUUUCCGAUUUUCCCAAUGGAGUAAGCUACAACGUGUGACUGCCUAUUGCCUCCGGUUCCGGAGGCCGGCGGUCGGAGAACGAAGGUCAUUCGAUGCAAAAGUUGUCGAAGCAGCGGAAAUCCAGCGUGCAACGGAAAGAAUUGCACGCUACUUACAGCGUACGCAUUUCGCAGAAGAGUACCGGUGCUUGAAAAAGCGCAAGGGAAUCCCUGCGACAUCUCCUCUAAAGAGCCUAAACCCUUUUCUCGACGAUAAGGAAGUCUUACGAGUGGGUGGAAGGUUGGAGAAUGCGACGCUUGCAUGGGAAACCAAACACCCGAUUAUCCUGCCGAAACAUCAUGUGUCUAACAUGAUAAUCAGGCAAUGCCACGUGGAUACGUUGCACGGGGGUUUACAAUUGACCAUGUACACGGUGAGACAGAAAUUCUGGAUCAUCGGCUGCCGAAACGCGGCGCGCACGGUUAUCCACCAAUGCAUACGAUGCGUGAGAUGGCAAGCAAAUACCUCCACGCAAAUUAUGCAGGAUUUAAUCCCGGAGCGCAGUCGCGCGGCACGACCUUUCUCAAACUGCGGAGUCGACUACGCGGGACCGUAUCGGGUCCGCGACUCCGCCGGUCGUGGGAAAACGGCUCAUAGAGCAUACAUAGGAGUGUUCAUCUGCUUCGCUACGAGAGCCGUGCACAUCGAACUCGUCCAUGAUUAUACGACGAGUGCAUUUCUGGCCGCAUUAGACAGAUUUAUCGCCCGCCGAGGAGUUCCGUCCUGCAUGUUCAGUGAUAACGGAACGAACUUCGUCGGAGCAGAUCGGGAAUUGAAGGAACACUUCAAUACGGUGUAUCAAACCCCAGAAAUGCGAACGAAGUGCGGUCAAAAGGGCAUUAAGUGGAGGUUUAAUCCACCCAGUGCGCCCCACUUUGGUGGUAUGCAAGAAGCCGGCGUGAAAUCGGUGAAACAUCACCUGAAACGCAUCCUCGGCGAAUUUACACCCACAAGCGAGGAAAUGCAGACACUCCUCUGCAAGAUCGCGGCGAGUUUGAAUUCGCGACCGAUCGCCGCUUUGAGUGACUGUCCCGAGGAUUAUGCCCCUCUCACGCCGGGCCACUUCCUAAUAGGCGGACCGAUGAAUGCACUUCCGGUCGAGUCAGUGGAAAAGGAAAAGCUCUCGCGGCUUACGCGAUGGAGAGCGGUCCAGAAAUUCCACGAGCAGCUCUGGAAACAUUGGACGCGAGAUUAUCUCACGCACCUCCAGAAACGCUAUAAGUGGCGCACCACCCAAGUGCAGUUAAAACCGAAUGACUUGGUUUUAGUGCAAAACCCUCUUCUCCCCCCGAAUCAAUGGGAAAUGGGACGAAUCGAGGAAGUAUUACCGGGCCGAGACAGGUGCGUGCGUGUAGUUAAAUUUGUGUGGCUGUAUGCCACGAAGACUACAGCUACCUCCGAAGUGAUAGAACGUUUGAAAAAACAAUCGUCAAUUUUUGGAAAUCCCAGGAGAAUUAUCUCUGAUCAGGGUACAGCUUUCACUUCUCAUGAUUUUCGGGAAUAUUGUAGAUUGGAAGCGAUAGAACAAAUUUUAAUAACUGCGGGAAUGCCAAGGGCUAAUGGUCAAGUGGAGCGUGUAAACAGAACGCUAAUACCAGUAGUGACAAAGUUGUCGGCACCGAAACCGGAAGAGUGGUAUCGCUAUUUGGAUAUUGCGCAGAAAUUUUUAAAUGCAACACCUCAUAGGAGCAUCGGUACAACGCCGUUUAAGUUACUGUUUGGGACAUACCCACGAAUGAAGGAUAAUCGGGAUAUUCGUGAGUUAAUAGAGAAGGAAUGGAUUGAUUUGUUUCAAAGUAACAAGGAAGAGCUGCGGAAUCAAGCUAAGGAAAAUAUUUUGAAGAUUCAGCGUGAAAAUCGUCGCGGAUACGAUAAACAUAGAAAGAAAGCUCGGCAAUACAAAGAGGGAGAGUUGGUUGCUAUAAAGAGAACCCAGUACGGCCCGGGUUUGAAAUUUGCGUCCAAAUUCUUAGGUCCGUAUCGAGUUGAAAGAAUCCUAAGGAAUGAUCGUUUCAUUGUGUGUAAGGUGGGCGAGCACGAAGGUCCGCAGCAGACAUCGACUUUGGCGGAACACAUGAAACCGUGGGUUAAUGAAGCUAGUGAUAUCUCAUCAGGUGAAGAAUGA